UGCCAAUGCUAUUUGCUAAUGGAGUUUGGCUGCACUGCCACAGAUGCAUUUAUAUUACACCAUUAAUUCAUUAAGGAGCUGCAGUCCUCUCAUUUCAAAUACACCAAGAGAAGAGGAGGAGGAAAGGGAGAGCGACAGCUUGCAUUUGGGAAGAGUGUCAUUAAUCUCAGAGGCCUGGUGUCUAGGACAAAUGGUGAAGGAGCAGAAGUGCCGCGUGUGUGUCGUUGUGCACCUGUGUGUAGUUAUAGCUGCUGGCAAAGGGAGGGAGACAGCUAAAUUUAGUUCAGAUGAAAAAAAGGGUGGGAGCAAAGGAGGGUUUUGAUGAGGAGGAUCACUGUCGCAGAGCUGAAAUCCCCGUCUAGAAAACCAGCCGGCACCAAGCGAGGCAGGAUGACAGACUGACAGGUCCUAGACAGACAAUCCCCACCGAUCAAAGCCACAGCGUCCUUAGCUUAUUUAUCAAACAGCAUGGACACCUAGGGAGCGAGAGAGCAGGAGACAGGAGAGACAGCAAGAGGAAGCUCAGGUGUAACACUGUCUUAAGCGUGAGGGGGCCAGAAUGCCAGAGCAGAGCAACGACUAUCGUGUGGUGGUGUUUGGGGCAGGGGGAGUGGGGAAGAGCUCCCUGGUCUUGCGCUUUGUGAAGGGCACCUUCAGGGACACCUACAUCCCCACAGUGGAGGACACCUACCGCCAGGUGAUCAGCUGCGAUAAGAGCGUGUGCACCCUUCAGAUUACUGACACCACGGGGAGCCACCAGUUCCCAGCCAUGCAGCGUCUGUCCAUUUCCAAAGGCCACGCCUUCAUCCUGGUCUACUCUAUCACGAGCAAACAGUCUCUGGAGGAGCUCAAACCCAUUUACCAACAGGUCCUGGCCAUAAAAGGCAACGUUGAGGCUAUUCCCAUUAUGCUUGUGGGCAACAAGAGCGACGAGACCCAGCGGGAGGUGGAGACCAAGGAUGGGGAGGCCCAGGCCAACCAGUGGAAGUGCGCCUUCAUGGAGACUUCGGCCAAGACCAACCACAAUGUAACUGAGCUCUUCCAGGAGCUCCUCAACCUGGACAAGAAGAGGAACAUGAGCCUCAACAUCGAUGGCAAACGCUCGGGGAAGCAGUCCCGCGCUGAGAGACUGAAGGGCAAAUGCAGUGUGAUGUAAAUUCAGGAGAGAAGGAGAAGUUAGAUGAAGGUAAGAGAGGGAGGAGUAAAUAAGGGAAAACAGAGGUAAAGAAGGAAGAGAUGACAGAAGAAAUACUAAAUGUAUAAUUCAGAGCAAAACAUCUGGAAAAACAACAGAAAUCUCAUCAUCCACAUCUUCCUCUGUUUGACUGGUCCAUUCAUAAACACAUCUUACAUACAAGAAACAUCCAGGAUACAUCUAUGUACAUUCUGCUAAAAAGGAGAAGAGUGAGAGGCAAAUUAAAAAAGAAACGUGUCACACAUGAAAACCUGUGGAUGUCAGCCAUAGUCAGAAGCAGUGUGGGUGUGGACUCUUGCAUCGUCCAAGUGCCAACAAACCUGACUGGGGAGCUCAUCAAAACCUUCAAUAACGACUCCAGACUGGAACACUCUUCGAAUAAGACCUAAACAAAACAUUGUGUCACCCCGCUACACUCAUGUCUCGUUCCCUGCUCAGCUGUUAUUAUCCCAGCACCAUCAUCCUUUGCAUAUCCCAUAUUAUAACAACUGUAGAGAAACAGUAAUGUAUAUGUAACAAAGUCAACAAGUUAUUUAGCUCACUCUUCUGUUAGAAACACUAUUUUAAGAGGCGUCCAUCAUGCUAGUAAGCACAGAACUCAAAAAGACUGAGACUGCUAGCAUGAAUGACAGCAGCAAAACAUACAACCCAGCUACAUCCCAGAGUCACGUCUGAGGACUCUGACGUAUACAAGCAUGGGAUAUUUAAAUACGUUCCAUCUAGUCCACCCAUGCCCUGCCCAACUAGUGUCAGUCAGAGAAAUUGGAUGAAGAUUGAAGCAUUAUGGUGAAAAAUUUGUGUUGACGGGAGAAAAGAAUCCAUCUUCUCAUCCUAAUCAUUCCGGGAAAGAAAAACCAGGCCCUUCUUCACCUUUAUCAGCAGCUCAAGUGCAAAUCAUUUAAAUGUUCUCAUCUGAAGCGGAGAACCAUCCAGUGACAGAGCAUGCGCACAUGCUACUGAUAUCAUGCAACAAUCCUUUUAAGACUCUCAUCUAGCAUAGAAUAACUGGACUGGAAAAGAAGCUGGACUCAUCAAAAUAUGAAACAGAAAAACAAAUCUGCCUUGCUGAUAAUAAGCCUGAAUAAUCAUUGCCAAGCUGGGAAGGUGAAAGCAAACUGGGAUGAUUUUUGGUUCUGAGGUCAGGAAUGUCAGUUUGCAUUGGCACUUUUCAUGUGAAAGUUUCUCUUUUUUGCCUUUUUUCUUGUUUGUUUGCUUCUAGAAGCUGUUUAAAUUUGUGUAAAGUAAAAAAGAAAACUUAAAAGCACACAGAGGGAACAAUACAAUAACAAUAAGGGAUGGAUAUAAGAUUUCUCCUUGCAGAUUAUUCAGUGCAACCUGAAUUUGGUGAUUCUGUUUCCUCUUUGGUUGGUUUGGUUACAUUCUCAUACACUCAUCCAGGCAUUUGUAAGCAGGAAACAGAAUGAGUCACACACACACACACACACACACACACACAUACACUCAGCAUGUGCAAAGACGCAUUCAUGCAAUUGUCUAAACAACACACACACACACACAGCUGUGGUCAUCAGUCUGACUAACAGCUGUUAAUGAUGACAUACAGGGCUCGCUCAGCCUGAAUGCCCUCAUGUUGCACUUUAUGACAGACACACACACACACACACACACCUUUAUUUUGCCAUAUUUUGCCAACAUUAAGUAUUAAUGAUCUUCGCUUAGAGCCAUUGCUCUAUGUCCAAAGUGCAUACAGUAUACACACCCUUAUGUCACACAGGAGCUCUGAAUAUUGUACACAGUGUACACAGGACAGCCAAAAGCACAAUACUUUUUUACCAACAUAUCUAUUUGUACAUUUCUUUGUUUCUCUGUUGUAUAUGUUUUUUUCUUUUUUGUGUGAUUUCCAUCUUUAACAUUUAUUCUUUAGUCCUGAACACGAAGGAACAAUCUCAUCAUGACUGUAGGUACAGCUGUGCUCAGUCUUGGUGUAGAUAGUUUAUUUGUCUGGUACACGGUACCUUGAGUUUGUGGUUCUGCUGAACAGCAGGGUAUCAUGGUAUGACAAUUUAGCUGUGUGCAAAUAUGAUGUGACCUCCACAGGAUCACAGGUUAUAGGACACAAAGGAAGUUCAGAUUACUUGUAUACUUUUCUCCAUCUCAGGUGGUUUUAACAACGAUUUGGGUGGAGGAAAAUCUGCUCCUGUACUGUUAAACCCAAAGAUACAGAUGAUCCCCCUUUCACCUGUGUGUCCACCUCUCUGGUAACAAACAGAAAAAAAUUAAGGAAAAGCACAGCAACUGUUCUCAUCUGUCUCCUUUUCUAUUUGUACGUGUGCAGCAGAAUCAACAACUGGGCACUUUAGGGUGACAUUUUACUUGAAGACUUGCUUAUUAAUCAAUAAUGCCUCAUUUAUAAGCACCAUGUAAAAUGUCCCUCCUGCAGUAUUCACACCGCCAGACUCACAUAAAACUAUUUCAGAUGUUUAGUUAUUGUAAAUAAACAUAUGAUAGUACAAUGACAUGUUUAUAGGAACUUCAAGUAAGAUGUUACCCAUGUAAAGAAAAAAGCGUAUCCACUGUCUUUCUGGGAAAAGAGUCCUUUGUAACGAGAAAUGUUGUGACAGUAGGAGGUUCUGUGUUACUACGUGCUGUAAUAUACAACUUAAUAAUGAUGCUCAUGAUAUAUUGUAUUUGACACGUCCACUCUCAUCUAUCAAUCAGCUAAAACUAGCAAAAUGUGAAUAUGUAACUAAAGGGCCCUCUGGCCUCCAUGACUUUUAUUUCGAAACUGGAAUGGAUCCAUUGUUAUCAAUGUGUUGUACUUUGCACUAACGUGAGGUCCUCUGAAACCGCAUUGUAAAUCUACCCUUUACCUGUUAGAUGCCAGGGAUGCUCAACUGUACUUUUAUUUUUCUUUUUUUUCCCCAUCAGUUUAUAUUUCAAAAAUAAUACGUGUGAAACAGAUCUGGGUUAAGUUGUAUUUAUAAUAGUUUGUCUUAGCAUGGUUUUGCUUGUUAAGAUGCCAGAUGGCUGGAGUACAACCUACCUAAUGUGUCCAUCUGAAGCACUAAAGCUAAAAGCGAAAGCUCGAAAUGACCUGUGACGACUAUCAGAGGCAGCUCUGGUCUGAUCUGAUGUGUAGCUACAGGCAGCAGUGUUGUACGCUCUGCAUAAAUAUCAGCUUGACACACACAUGUGGUUGCUUCACUGAAAUGCCAGAUUGCGAGUGCAUGUUUGUGCAAUCUGUUGUUCUGCUGACGUCUACAGGACAUGACGCCGGUGUUCAUGUUCCUGCAUGGAAUAUGAUACAGCAGGCAGGAAAAACAAUGAGGCAGUAUGGACAACAAGCUGGAGAGAGGGAGGGAGCUGUGCUAUUAAUAGAAACAGUGUGAAAAUAUGGAGUGCAACUUCAACUAUGGCCUACAUGGUACUCAAAUGUGCUUGUGGAAACACGGUGAGAGAAGGUGGUGUAUGUGAGCGUCCGUUGGGUUUUUGUGCUCUGUGAGUUAAAUGCUGGCAUGAAUCAGGAUAGAUACCUCUAACCCCAUCCUCCUAUGGGAUGUCUAAUCUUACUCAUCAGUGAAGCACAUUCACUGCUGCCCUGUGUGUGCAUCCAUAUAUGUGCGCAAUCAGCCACCUAUUUGCAUUCCUUCAGUCAGGCCUGUAAGAGUGUGUGCAUGUUUGUGUGCUGCUGUUGUGCCAUCUGAUGAAGUGUCUGUCAAGAUAUUUGAAGCUUUCCUGCGGAGAAUGCCUACACAUUCUGCAUGAGUCAUCCUGCACUGCUCAAUACACAAACACG